UGGGAGGGAGCAACCGGAUGAGACAGACAUUUCUUCCCUGCUGCUGGACUGGAGCACCAAGGAGAAUCACUGUUGCCCCAAGGACGAAGGUAACUGAGAAAUACAUUGCUACAGCGCCUACAUAUGUAGGCAAAGGAGAUUUUUCUUGGAAAUGUGAAGAAAACUGUGAUCCUAAUCCUGGUCCCAGAGAAGGAGAAAAAGAACCUUCCAAAGAAAAGUUUGCAGCAAAUCGACACAGAUGCAACAGCCGUUCUCUGUCUCUGCAGUUCCUGUCUCUUUGAAGAACCAUCGCAAGUGGCACUGGCAGCAUGGAGCGGGCCGAGAGAGAACUGCUGGCAACCCUGGAAAAGCUGGGAGAAAGGGAGCUGCAGAGAUUCAAGGACAAAUUGAGUGAAAUCCAGCCAAAGAAGGGAUACCAACUUCUCCCCUCUGGGAGCCUAAAAGAUGCCGAUCCCCCAGCCCUCACGGACCUCCUCCUCCUCUUCUAUGGGACGGACUAUGGGGCGGAGGUGGCUGCAGAGGUGCUGAGAGCCAUCGACCAGAGAGUCCUAGCAAAGAGAAUUGAGAAACUCAUUAAUGCACUGAGACAUGAGAAAUACAUUUUCGAGCGGCAGCUGCAGCAGCAUGACUACGCAAGAGGUUUCAUGUAUGCGAAAUACACACUAACCGAUGAGCAGAACCAGACAAUCAGAGCACAGAAAACCAACCAGGAGAAGAUGCGAAAGCUGUACGAGCUGGUGCCAAGCUGGGAUGAACGGCAGAAGGAUCGGCUCUACCAGGCACUGAAGGAAACAAACAGAGACCUGGUUGAAGAACUGGAGGAGGAACACUUUGUUGACCGGCACCGAGAGAAGCUGAUCCAGCAAGUCUCAGAAGUGGACAGAGUCCUGAAGCUACUUCAGGAGCAUACACUAACCCCUGAGCAAUACCAGAGCAUCAGCACUGGGAGAUCCAAUGUGGAGAAAAUGCAGAAGCUGUACGAGCUGGUGCCGAGCUGGCAGAGGGAGCGAAAGGACCAGCUCCACUGGGUACUGUGGAUAACAAACAGCGCCCUUGUUGAUGAGUGUGCAGGGGAACAUUUUGUGGUGCGGCAUCGGGAGCAGCUGAUUCAACGCGCCUCUUCAGUUGACACAACCCUGGAUGUGCUGAAGCAGUUCCAAGACAUGUGUUUCAUGGAGCAGCCAUACUCGCUGGUGCACCCAACGUAUGAAAGCCCCACUGAAGAGCUAGAAGAACCAUCAAAGUCACCUACUGGCGGACUCCUCCAGAAUCGGGCAUACAUACUGAACGAUGAACAGUACCAGACAAUCAGAGCUGAGAAAACCAGCCAGGAGAAGAUGCGGAAGCUGUACGAGCUGGUGCCAAGGUGGGACAAAUGGCAGAAGGACCGGCUCUACCAGGCACUGCAGAGAACAAACAGAGACCUGGUUGAAGAGCUGGAGGAGGAACACUUUGUUGACCGGCACCGAGAGAAGCUGAUCCAGCAAGUCUCAGAAGUGGACGGAGUCCUGAAGCUACUUCGGGGGCACACGCUAACCCCUGAGCAAUACCAGAGCAUCAGCACUGGGAGAUCCAAUGUGGAGAAAAUGCAGAAGCUGUACGAGCUGGUGCCGAGCUGGCGGAGGGAGCAAAAGGACCGGCUCUACAGGGUACUGUGGAUAACAAACAGAGCCCUUGCUGAUGAGUGUGCAGGGGAACAUUUCGUGGAUUGGAGCCGGGAGCAGCUGAUUCAACAAGUCUCCUGUGUUGAUGACAUCCUAGAUGUGCUUCAUAGUGUCAAGCUGCAACCGGAAAUGCAGAUGCAAGGUGCAGGUACCCCAGCACAGGAGCCGUCCACCAGCACCAGCCCUGGAGCUACACCUGCAGGAGAGACCAGCCCAAGCGAGGAUCCCAGCAGGGACCCCUGGGGACAAGACAAAUGUGACUUGUGUCCCAGAGAAGAGGAUCCUCCAGAAGAAAUACAGCCUGAAACUGUUCAAGGCCCAGAUGGGAAGCAGGAGACAUACAGGGUUCAUUUCCCCAGGGCAGGCUCGUUCCGUUGCUCUGAAACAGAACUGGGGCUCGAGGUGAGGGCAGCCGUGACUGUCCACUAUGGAUAUGACUCCUGGGAUCAGCAUCUGAGUGCAUCUGAGAAGCAGCAAUGGAUGGUGGCCGGCCCUUUGUUCAACAUCCAGGUGGUGGAACCAGCUGAGGCCGGGGCUGUGGCAGCCGUUCACCUCCCGCACUUCCUGUGCCUCUCAGGAGCAGAAGCUGAUGUUUCUCAGCUUCAAGUUGCCCGUUUUGUUGACUGUGGGAUGACCCUGGAAAGUCCAACGCGGGGGAGGCCGUUCCAUGCUGUGCUGGAGAACCCCAGCUUCUCUCCAAUUGGACUGCUUUGGAAACAGAUCUGUUCUAUGCUAUUUCCUCCAGUGCACUCCCUGGUGCUGCUUUACCGGUCCAGCAGGGCUGCAGACAUAACCCUCCAUCUCUACCUGCUACCCAGGGAUCUCUCACUAGCACAGGCGAUUGAUGAGAAUGAAAAGAAUUACCAAUCAAUACGAGUUCGCAAGCCUUCUAAAACCAAGCCCCUGCACUUUGGAUCUUGUUAUAUUGUGUCUAGUUCAUCAAACAUAGAGGUCACUCCUGAUGAACUGGAGUACUGCAAUAUGAGAGAUCAUCCGCUGGAUCCAGACAUGGAAAUCUACACUGAAGACUUGGGGAACAAACUGAACCUCUACCUGAUGGAGCAAAAUGACAUGGGAUUGGUCUGGAAGGCCACUGUGAGACCAGGGGAUGUGACACUUCCUGGUUCCACUCCAGCACGAGCAGCAGACAUCCAAGACAAGAUGCCUGAGACCUUGAGAGACGCCCUGCAGGAGACUCUGGAUGAGCUGGGGAGUACAGAUAUCCAGAGAUUCAAGUCUAAAUUGAACCAUAUGAAGCUACCAGAGGGGUACAAGAGAAUCCCCAAUGGGAUGCUGGAGGAGGCCGACUCCCUGACUGUGUGUGAGCUGCUGGUGCAGUACUACACGAUGGAUGGGGCUGUUGAGGUGGCCAUUCAAGCCCUAAAGGGAAUCAGUCAGAAUGAGCUGGCAGGAAAGCUUGAGACGGACACCAGUGGAGUUGGGAUCGCCCGUCUGAAGAUGAGCACACGCCUGACAGAACUGAACUCAUCACAGCCAGGGCAGCGAAGUCUCUCCAUUCAUCCGAGGAAACGUUAGCAAGAUUCAGUGUGAGCCUUUCCGUGCACCAGGCAGCCAAUUACAGCAUCUCAUCCCUGAGGAAGCAGAAGUCUCCUGUCACCACAGCACAGCUCCGAGGGCUGGACCCAGAGCAGGAGUCUGUUUCCCAGGCAGGAAUUCCUUUGGUGCUGAUCAUGGUAUUAGCUGAGUGAGUCACAAACAUUAACUAGUUGGCUCAGCACCUGAUGAUCUAGGGAUCUUGUCCGCCUGUCACUGCAUGGACUGGUUCCUUGGGGGGCUGGGGCUCAGCUGCAGUGUGCCAGCCUUAGGGUGCAACACCCAGGGCCGUAGGGUGGGAGCUUGUGACUGGAAAGCAGCCUACUGAGAGCAUAAGGACACCCUGAGCUCCCUCCGAGAGAGUCUAGGGAGAGAGGCUGCUGGGCGGAGGGCAGCUGGUAACUCUUCAGAGCCCAGAAGAGAGACCUGCAAGGAACUGGGAUGAACCUCAGCUAGCAGAAUUCAAAGGACUUCAACCAGAACCCACUGUCUUAGGGAAAAUAUAAAACAGAUUUAUUAACUAAGAUAGAUUUUAAGUGAUUUUAAAUAAUAGGCAUAAAAGGUCAGAGAUAGGUACCAAAGAAAAUAAAAGGUAAGUGCACAGUCUAAAUCUUAAACCUUAUUACGCUAGGCAGUAUUUGGAUCAAGCAGUUUUCUCACCCUGUCAUAAACAGCUGGUUAAGGGUUAAUGUCUCUUUUACCUGUAAAGGGUUAAGAAGCUCAGUAAACCUGGCUGACACUUGACCAGAGGACCAAUAGGGAGACAAGAUACUUUCAAAUCUUGGUGGAGGGAAGUCUUUGUUUGUGCUUUUUGUUUUGUUCGUUGUUCGCUUUUGGGGCUAAGAGGGACCAGAUGUAUACCCAGGCUUUCCCAAUCUUUCUGAAUCAGUCUUUCAUGUUUCAAAAUUGUAAGUAAUAGCCAGGCAAGGCAGAUUAGUCUUAUGUUUGUUUCUUAACUUGUAAAUGUUUCUUUUGCUGGAAGGAUUUUUACCUCUGUUUGCUGUAACUUUGAAUCAAAGGCUGGGGCUGGGGGGUGGGCUCCCUCUAGUCUAUAUGAAUCUGAAUACUCUGUAAAACAUUUUCCAUCCUGAUUUUACAGAGAUAAUUUUUACCUUUUCUUUCUUUAAGUAAAAGCUUUCUUUUUAAGAA